CUGAUGUUCAAAAAGCCUUCUCUCUUAAGCUCUGGUGGAAAUGGAGGACUCAAGAAUCACUCUGGUGUGACUUUAUUAAAGCGAGAACUCAAUGCCUUGUUAACUGCGACUGAAUUGGCGAUGAACUAUGGUAUGCGAGAUGUUCAGGUGGAGACUGAUGCCACUAGGUCGUUGGAUAUCAUUUGGGAGGAUUCCGGAAAGUAUACUGGUGUUCGAAGUUUCAGAAGCAAUGCAUAUGGGCUGGGCUAUUCUUUUAAUCAUGUGUUCAGAGAAGGUAAUACAACAGCACAUUGUCUUGCUAGCCAGAGGAAUGCAACGGCCCAAAUUGUUCUUUUUGAUCGGGUUUGUCACCUUCCGAUAAUGGUCAAGAGAAGUUAUUUUGCGGAUCUUUUUGAUCUUCCUCAUCUUCGGUUCUGAUUUCUUUCUGAUAUUUUGUUGGGUCCGGUUUGGUUCCUUCAAUUAUCUAUGUUCUUCCCUUCUUCGGUUGAUUGUAUUAUUUUAAUUUUCCUUUUGGGAGAGGUAUUGGUAUAGUCCCCCUCCUCCCUUGUUUUUUCUUUUUAUUUUUACUAAUAAUACAUCGGUAAAUGUCCCCCGGCAUUUACCCCACUGAUUUUGGUGGUUUGCUUUUCCGGGAUAAAAAAAAUCAA